AUGGUUGUUCUAGCAGCUAGUAUUACCACCCGAAGCGGGAAACCCGUUUUCUCUCGCCAAUUCAGGGAGAUGCCACGGUCGAGAAUAGAAGCUCUCCUGGCGGCGUUCCCAAAGCUCACAGACUCGAGCACUCAGCACACCACAGUGGAGGGCGACACCGUCCGAUAUGUUUACCAACCGCUUGAGGAGUCCUUCUAUAUGGUCCUUAUCACCAACAAGCAAAGCAAUAUCCUACAAGAUAUCGACUCUCUACAUCUAUUCGCUCAGGUUGUCGGGAACGUUUGCAAAACCCUAGAUGAAAGAGAGAUUUUAAAGAAUGUCUUCGAAUUGAUGGGCGCUUUCGACGAGGUGGUGAGUUUGGGGUACAGGGAGAACCUAAGUCUAGGACAAAUCAAAACGUUCCUCGAAAUGGAGUCCCACGAGGAGAGAAUACAAGAGAUUAUUGCUAGGAACAAAGAGUUCGAGGCUAGUGAAGAGCGCAAGCGGAAAGCCAAACAAUUGGAGCUGCAGCGAAAGGAGGCGCAGAAGAGCGGCCGUCCAACUGGGCUUGGGAAUACCCCGCGCUCAUCUGGCUACCAGUCCUAUCAGCCUGUCACCCAAGCUUCGCCCGCUGCCACCAGUACUUAUGAUUCAUACGAAGCUGAGAAGAACAAAACGUUCAAGAGUGCGGCCCCGAAGGGCAAGGGCAUGCAACUUGGCCGCAAGUCCAAUACAUCGUCUAUGUUCGACCGUGUUAAGGCAGAUUUAGGGCCAGAUGCCGAGAGUGCGUCAUUAAUAUCCCACCAAGCACCCGCUCCAGUUGAAGCAUCGCCGAGAGCGUCGAUGCAAUCCGGUGGCGAUGGGAUCUCCAUCGCAAUCAAAGAAACAAUCUCUGCGGAACUCACAAGAGAUGGUGACCUCAAAUCCUUCGAAGUCAAGGGCGACAUGAUGCUCCGCGUCAAUGAUGCUUCCCUUGCAAAGAUUAAGAUCGAUACUGUCGCGGACGCCGCGGAUGGAACACAGUUCAGAACACAUCCAAACGUCGAUAGAACUUUGUUUUCUAACUCCAAUGCUUUACAGCUGAAAGAUCCUAGUAAACCAUUCCCAUCGAAUGGCCAGGCUCUUCCAGUACUCCGCUGGCGUCUUGUCGGAAAGGCUAGUGAUGACCAUUUGCUACCAAUAAAGUUUACCAUCUGGGUCAACCGAGGCUCCGGAGAUAACUACACUAUCACUGCAGAGUACGAGGUUCAAGCUCAGGAACCUCUAAAUGAUGUUGUGGUUACGAUCCCAUACGCCGGAUCUCAGCCCAGCGUCAGCAGCUUCGACGCUGAUUACACAGUCUCCGGCAGCGAACUUAUCUGGCGAAUUGGCACAGUGGAUUCAGAUAACGGCAGUGGCAGUCUCGAAUUUGAAGCAGAGGCUGAUGACGAUUCCAACUUCUUCCCGAUGAGCGUAUCAUUUUGGAAGUCCAAGCCAUCCGUAAAUGUCGAUGCAACCAAUAUUACAUUACUAGAAAUGGGUGAAUCUGUUGACUAUGUGAAGACCGUUGAGGCGAAGGCCGAGAAGUAUCUCAUCGUUAGCUAA